AUGCAGCCCCUGGGCGCCCUGUGGGUGCUCCUCUGCCUAGCGAGGCCGCUGCUCGGCGUGGCCGCCCCAGGUGAGACCCGUCCGCCGCCGAGAAGGGCGAAACGAGCGCGCGGGGGGCGGGGGGGGGGAGAGGGGCAAAGGUAGCUCGCAGGGCCCGUGGCGGCUUAGUUUUUAUUUUUAUUAAGGCGAAGUGGAAGAAAGACCCUCGUCUCCCCGAGCCCACCUCUUCCUCCUCUAGCUUCCUUCCCCGAUAAGAGGUGGGUGGGUUUGGGUUCAGUAAGGAACUCGCUUCCCCAGGAGGCGGUGGUGGCCGCGAACUUGGAGGGCUUUUUAAAAAAGAGGGCUAAACACGUUCUCGCGAAGUUGAGGGCUAUGCUUUGCCUCUACGUGCUUCUGAAUACUAGUUGCUGGGAAGCCCAGGAGGGGAGCGGGCUCUUGUGCCCAAAUCCUGGUUUCCCACAGGCAUCUGGUUGGUCCCGGUGAGAACAGGAUGCUGAGCUAGAUCCAUCAGGCUCUUCUUACGGUCCUUCAGAUUUGAGUUACUGUUUCUUCCACCCGGAAGGGUUCCUUGGUGUUUCGGGUGUUUUGGUAGGAUUUCCCUGGCAUAGAGAUACAGUCGUGGAAAACCCCCGCGCCUGCUGUACUUUUCUGUACCGUUGUUAAAAGCACAAGGGGGGCUCCAAGUGUGGUCAAUCUAGUGUAGAAGAACUUGCGCUCUGGGUAUGCUCAGAAGACUGGCAUGGCUUAGGUUUGACGUUGGAGCCGUGUCCUUGGAAACGGUUCCCGGGCCUCAUCGCUGGAGAAGUUGUGACUAGAAUUUCCCUUGCGCACUUAAGGGUGCACUGAAAUGGCCCACACUUUUGCAUGUCUGAUAUGUGGGAGUGGGAGGUGUAUGCACAAGGCUACCACAAAUGAGGGUGAAAAAUAGGUGGUGGGGGGCGGGCAUUGCUGCUGUUGAUAGUAUGUAACCUCUGGUUACAUACACUUCAAGUUACAUACGCUUCAGGUUACAGACUCCGUUAACCCAGAAAUAGUACCUCGGGUUAAGAACUUUGCUUCAGAAUGAGAACAGAAAUCGUGCUCUGGCGGCGCGGCGGCAGCAGGAGGCCCCAUUAGCUAAAGUGCUUCAGGUUAAGAACAGUUUCAGGUUAAGAACGGACCUCUGGAACGAAUUAAGUACUUAACCCGAGGUACCACUGUAUUCUGCUGCUGCAUACUGAUGUGAUUCUGGGGUAUUGUGUAUGAAUGCCAAGAUGAAACAGUGUUGAUUAGGAUUGUGUGGUGUUUGCGUCCUGGGGCUGAGAAGUGGCAUACAGUGGCCUGGUAUGGAGAGCAAAACGUUGUGAAAACAAUCUGUGGUUGUGGGUGCUUUCUUGAUAAUGGGGCAAGGGUUUCUAGGCCAGUGGAUUGAGCUCUGGACUUUGGAGUUGUAGAAUUCUUGUAGGAUUCCUAAGAGUCCUGCUGGACCAGACCAGAUGCCCACCUAGUGCAGCACCCUGUUCUUCGGGGGUCUAUGGAAAGCCUGCAAGCAAAACUUGAGAGUAAGAGCACUCUUCCCAGCAACUGGUCUCCAGAGGCAUACUGCCUCUACCAGCGGAAGUAGAACCAUGUCUAGCAGCUGUUGAUGGCCUUAUCCUUCAUGAAUUUGCCCAAUCUUUUAAACAGAAACAAACCAGAGAAUGUAUUUCCUGACCAAUACUACUACAUGCAAACAAAAAGACAAUGUAGUCAGUAAUUAAAAUGCAAUCUACAACUUAAAGAACCACUUGAAAAUUAAAUUUGUAUGGACAAACUAAUAGCCAGCUGUUCAAUAAACAUAUGAUAUACUAAAAUAUAAUAUUUCAGUAAAUUGAAAAAGACAUGCAGAUUAUAUAAGACAACGGUCUUCUAAAACAAACACACAUAUGCCAGAAGCGUUUGAACUGCAUAGCCUUCUUCAGUGCCUGCAAACAUUGAAGGGCGUCCACUUGAGCAUGAGACAAGAGGACAUUGCCAUGUUUGCAAUAUACUAAUUACUAAUUAGAAAAUGUAGACUUUAUAGUCAUCAUAAAUACAGUAACAGCUAGACCCACAUAAUAAUUUAUUAUCUUCAAACAAUAUCAUAUAGAUAAAUUACUGAUAUUGUUGGUUGCCUUUUUCUGAAUCCUUUUCAGCUCUAUAUUAUUUUGAGUUGAGGUGAUCAGAAUUGUACAGACAUAUAGAUUUAUAUAAUUGUAUUAUGCUAUUGGCAAUUCUAUUUCCACUCACUUUUCUAAAUCUCUAGUAUGUUGUUUGCCUUUUUCACAGCAGUCACACACUAUCAACAUCUUCACUGAGGCAUCCACUCUCACCACAAUAACUUGUUCCUUGUCAGACAUCACCAGUUUAGACCCCUUUAGGUGAAAUUAGGAUUUUUUGCCCAAGUUUUCAUCACUUCACACUGGCCCACACUGAAGCACAUCAACCAUUUUGCUGCACAAUCACCCCGUCUGGAGAGGUUCUUUUGGAGGGGUAUGAAAGAAUAAUAAUCAGAAAGGAGAAAUGUCCCAUUCCACCCUCUUUUGGGUAAACUAGUUUACUUACUGCUUCGUCUAAUAGAAGUGUAUUGUGAUGUUUUCCUUUUGAAGGGGAUUAGGAGUGAGGGAGGAAAGCCGCUUUGGUUAUGUUAAUACAAGCUGAUUUUUUGCAAUUAGUUUUGCUGAGAAUGAUUGCCCCCAACCUACUUGGAUGACACACAGGAAUUCCCACCACAAAUCUGGAACUACUUCAGUUGCUGUUCAGUUAAUAGCAUGGUGGGACGGAUGUUCUUCAUAAACUAUGCACCCAGCUUUUAAACUGGACCAGGUGAUCCAGACUACUUGAAUUAGUUAUUUCAACAUUAUUUUCUUAUAACUAAUCUGAUGAAGCAAGCAGUGUAUUGAGCAUUUAUAAAAACUCGAGCCAUUAUAAAUUAGAUUUAGGGUGCCAUGGGCCCCUUCCUUUUUCAGAACUGAUAGAUGAAAAAUUGGAUCUAGUGAAUUUGUUUCACCUUCCUUUUUAGUUUUAUUUGCUAAUAUGCUUUGUCACUUUUCUAUUUCCCUGUUAUUUCUGAAAGUGUUGCCUGUAGCUCUGAAAUAUUAUAGUUGGGUGGAAACCAAAAGCAGUAAGUCUCUUAAGACACUGUGGCAUUCACCAACUCCCCUCCCCUUACUGUGUGACUACUUAUGCACUGAAAAGUGAUCAUCGUUUGGAAUUCUUGACUGCAACACCCUUUUUAUUUCGUUUUUGUCUCUGGUGUACCUUUCUAGGUUUUAUAGCAAUGGAAGACAAAAAAAGGGGUGCUCCCUUGUACUAGCAAGUAUUCUCUCUUAUUUGUUUGGCAGUAUAAAACAAAGACCAGUGACCAAGCUCUGGUGUGUUCAUUUCCCCAUUUCAAUUCAGAGAAGAGAAAUUAUGUGCAAAUAUUAAUUAACUAGUUACUUCAGUGUUAAAUUAAUGACUUCUCACCUUCUGAAUCAGAAGAAGCCUUCUAGAGUUCCAUCUCUGAAGUUAAAAGUGGGUUUGGUCAGUUCCUGGGAGGAAACCCCACAUAUGCUACCCUGAUAAUCUAGAUUGGGGUGGGGAACCUGAGGCUUUCAAGAUUUUGUUUGACUCUGACCCUAUCAUCCCCUGCCAGUAUGGCAAAUGUUCAGGGAUGAUGGGAGUUGGAGUCCAGCAACCUUUGGAUUCUUCAUCUACAGGUUCUUCAUCCCUUAGAUGUAAGAUUGUAUGGUAAUUUGAACAUUUUGAACCAAUAAUGCCUGACUAAAAGGGCAGUGAACCUGUAUGCAGCCUCUGUGCAGUACUUAAAACUGGAUGGUCUGUCCAUCAAGGUCCAGGCGAAACUUUAUUGUGUGCCACACCAGCUUAGCUAUGAUUAUACCUAUUCAUAUUCUACCUGCACCAGCAUCAGGGCCCAACUCACUACAACUCACAACUCAUUAGUAUUUUUAUUUGCCCUGAAUUUUGGAGGCAUCUACAUUAAACCUGUAUUUUUGUCAAUGUGUAUUAAUACUCUGUUGUUAAUGUCUUUAUAGAAUCUUCCUCCUUAUCUGCGCCAGAGAAUGUGACAAUUCAGUCAUAUAAUUUCGAUAAUGUAUUGAAAUGGUCUCCAGUUACAGCGAUCAAUGGUUCAGUGACUUAUAGUGUUGAAUGGAGGUUUAAAACACUCAUGUAAGUAAAUGGUUCUUGUAUACCUCCAAAAUUGCAUUCUAUGGUAUACAGUGUUUGCUUUUGUAAGAUCUGUAUAUGUUUGUAUACAAAAUUGGGUUUUACUGUUUAAACAUAUUUACUGAAGUAUUUUUUAGCAAAUUGUGUUGGAAAUAAUGGAAAUUAGAGUGGUGGUUGAAUUAAAGAAAUGGAAAUGUGCAAGUGUUCAUUAAAUUAAAAGUUCAUAUCCUAAGACAAGACAUAAUUUGUACUUUAUUUUAGUCCUAAUUGUCCCCUUCUGCUCUGAUUUUCCUAAUGCAGUUUGAAUUGAAUUGUGCUUCUAUUUCAGGCUUUGCAAAGAGAUUCCACUGGAAACCAUAGUACUUGCUCCCAAGUAGAGUUUCAUUGUAUUUAUUUAUUUCAUAAAAUUUAUACACCUAUUGAUUAUAUAAAAAAACAACUUUACAAAAACCUUGUAAAGUGGUUUACAAAAGAUAAAACAUUAAAAUCAAGGAAAAUUUCUAUCCUACUUUAAAAUAUACAAAAGUUAAAAUACUAAAACAAUUAAAAUUACCCCAACUUUCUAAGCUUCUGGAUAGGUUUGUCUGAACAGGAAUGUUUUUAGCAAUGCCAAGACUGUAUGUAGUUGAAUGCACACUUGCUAUUGAGUGGUUAUGUAUAGAAUUACUCAGUAAGAUAUGCCUCAUUGAACUCCUCAUUUCUUCUUUCUGACUACAGUGGUACCUCGGGUUACAAGCGCUUCAGGUUACAUAUGCUUCAGGUUACAGACACUUCAGGUUACAGACUCUGCUAACCCAGAAAUAUUACCUUGGGUUAAGAACUUUGCUUCAGGAUGAGAACAGAAAUCGUGCAGCGACAGCAGGAGGCCCCAUUAUCUAAAGUGGUGCUUCAGGUUAAGAACAGUUUUAGGUUAAGAACGGACCUCCGGAAUGAAUUAAGUUCUUAACCCUGUAACCCUGUAACCACUGUAAUCAAUUAAUCUUACUUAGAGUAGACUUAAUGGAUAUGCUUGUGCAGGACUUUCUGUUUGCAAAGUGGGUCUUUCCCUCCCCCCCCCUUAAAUUUGCUCUGAAUGAUUAAAAGAACCCCCAGAACAGGGGCAUGGGGACAUGGCAGGGAGAAGAAAGGGGAAGUUCAUUUGGGCAGUCAAAAGACCUUCUGCUAAUGGAUCCAUUCAAUUCAAUACUGCCCAUUGGCUUCAGUGAGUCUACUGUACGACUAAUAUUAUAUAGCACCCAAUGUAUGUGAAGAUUUUGAACACAUGAAAUGUACUAUGUAUUAAGAAGGCACAUGCCUGUUGUAAAACCUUGUUGUAAAUUGAUUGCUUAACUGAAGCUUGAAUCCAGUCCAUUCUUGGGAGUAAGUGUUGUUGAUCAAAGAGACCCUUCUGUGUAUAGGACUGGACUGCAUGUUAGGGUGGUUGCUCUUGAGAAUGGGUAAUCACUGUAUUUUUCUGUGUAUAUUCUUCCCAAAUUUUUAAAGUUUAAAAUUGGGGGUCGUCUUAUACACAAAAUACUUAAAAAUAUUUAUUUCUUAAUUUUGGGCUCAAAAAAAUAGGGGGCAUCUUAUGCAUGGGGGCAUCUUAUACAUGGAAAAAUACGGUACAUAGUUGUAAGUAACAGUUAAUCAAAUUUGAAUUUGGCAUUGUUGUUUCAAACGUUUAGAAAUAGCUCCCAUUGAAUUUUAAAGAGGCUUGCUUCCAGUAAAAGUUCCAGAUUGAGGUUUCAGUCAUGUUUAUACUUACCUGGCUGCUUAUCUGGGGAAAGUGACAGGUGUUAAACAAAAAUAGCCCUUAUUUGUACCUGUAAAGUAGUACUUGAUGUAAAUGGGAGAUAAGAGGACAGGGAAAGGAAGUGUGGCUUCUCUGCUCACCUUUCAUGGUAAGAUCACAUGAAGCCGUAUUAUGGACAGUUCUUUUUCUCAAAAUGGGCAAUUUUUUUCUGUCACUAUGCAUAACUGAUUCAUGUAUGGUAAUGUAACCCCUUUUCAUUUUGAGGCAGAGAUGUCUUAUACUGUGUGACUUUAUGGAACUACAGGGCACAGUUUGGCUUUGUGAGCCCUGUCAUAGCUAUUGCCUUAGCGUUGUUUGGUUUUUCAACACUUGUUCAUUGCCAAGCAGCAGGAUAUUUCUUUACCACUAAUGUAGAAUGUAUAAACUGGUAUUUCAAGAUUCAGCUAGCUAUUUCAAAGGAAGUUUUUAAUUGAUCAUACACAAAUGCAAUAAUAAGGAGUUCAAAUAAUGGUGGGUUCUUUGUAUUUUUUUGCAGAGCAUCAGAAGAAAAAGUAUGGAAGAAAGUGAAUUGCAAAGAUAUUACAAAACCUGAAUGUAAUUUCAAUCAUGAGAGGAAUCAUGACUGCAUCAUUUUACAUGUUAGGGCUGAACAAGGGGAAUUAAAAUCUGCCUGGACUGAAACUAAGCCCUUUCGAGCACGGGAAGACAGUAUGUUUCUUUCUAUUUUCAUCUACUGUAUUUUAUUCAGUACCUCUGGGGGAGAAAUAUUUCUCUUCCACAAAAUGAUAUUCUGAAAAAAAAUAACAGCCAAGGGUAUCAUGGCAUCUUAAAGUAUUUAAAAUGCCACAAGACUCUAGUCUGAUGCAGUAAAAACAAAAUGUUGCUACUUCUUGGGGAAAUGUGUUUAUGAACAUCUUAUAUUUCAGUCAUCAUAACCUUGCUGGUGCUACAAUAGCCCUUCUAGAUUAGGGUUGCCUUCUGUCAUUUUUUGCUUCUACAACUGUGUUGUCCAAUUCCCUUUCUCAGUGCAAGAAAGAAUGCAGACAAUGGCCUGGUUCACACACCAUGCAAAGCUUUGGUUUAGUGCAAUUGUGUGGACUCCUGGAGAGGAGAACACACCCAUUUUGCUCCUCCUUGGUACUGCUGUAAGUCAUGGUGUGGCUUAGUGAGUAGUGGUCAACUUUGUUUUACUCAGAGUAUACACAUUGAACAUGAUGUAACUUGGGCCCAUUAAUUUCAAUUGGUCUAAACUGAAUACCACUCAGUAUAUUGUCUGAAACCAGGAUUGUGGUUUAGUUUUCUUCAGAGUAGCCAUGAGCUGAAACCAAGGUUUGUCCUGUGGUUUAUAUCUUAUGGUUUAUCUGGGAAACCUUAACCAGGAGUCUUGGUUUGGAUGAUAUGCUAAGCAAGCCAUUUCUUAGUGCAGCACAGUAGUAGAACAACCAGGGAGCAGCAGCAAAGCAGUCAUGAUCGCCGUUCCUGGUGCCCACAUGCUUGUGCAUUUGUGCUCUGUCAUGAUUUGAUUUAGCAUGACAUGAACCAGUGUUCCACGGAUGUUGCUGAGUGGUAGUAACAAAUGAGAACUUUUAUCAUUUGCCAGAAUGAAAUAUUCCCAACACAUGUAAUAAGAUUAACUUGUCCAGAUGUUUUAAGAAUACCUGUCAUGUCACAUUCCCUACCAAAUUCUACAGAGGUGUAGGGAACCUUUGCACCUCCAGAUGUUGGGGAACUCAGCUCCCAUUAUCCCAUUAUCCAUGCUUGCUAGGAUUGAUGGAAGCUGUAGUUCAGCAACAUCUGAGGGGCAACAAAUUCUCCCCUUCUGUUCUAUAUGAAGGUGAAUUCUUGGGUGCAUGGAUAGGCAAUCUGAUUUCUGCUCCCACUACUGCUUUUGUCAUCAUAACUUCUCCAGGGUUCAUGAGAUUUUCUUGCAGAGGUUUCUUGAAAGGUAUCAGAGACCACCAAGAUAUUCCACUCCUGCAAAGGCUGCUCCACUUAUGUAAAUGACAGUAGCAGAAAAUGCUGCAGCUGUGCACUCCUUUGUGAAUGCAGAUCUGCUGCCAUCAUUGAAAUGAACUACAGUGGUACCUCUGGAUAUGAAUUUAAUUUGUUCUGGGAGUCCGUUCUUACCCCAUAACAUUCGUAUCCAGCGGCGCCUGACCUGCACAGGCACGUGUGGCGGUAGCCCGCUUCUGUACAUGCGCGGGUGGUGGAAACCUUCCCGCUACUUCUGGGUAUCCUGAUCCUGAAGGAUUUGCAAAGGGGACAGUACGUAACCCGAGGUUCCACUGUAGUUAGUAUACCCAGCAGAAGUCCAUCCCAGAAUCCAUGUGAGACUUCAGAUUGGAUUAUGUUUGAUCACAAUUAGUAGAAAAUGUGACUUAUACUUGUUUGCAUUUACCCAUUUCAGCUAUUUUAGGACCUCCAAGAGCAAUCAAUGUAAGCUCAGACGGUACCAUGAUUCAUAUAAGCUUCUUGCCUCCCUUUGAGCCUGCAGAAAAUAAAACUGAAUAUUUUGAAUAUUUAAUUGAAUACUGGGAGGAAUCAACAAGUGAAAUAGUGAGUACCUGCCUUUGCUCAGCAAGCCAGUAAUUCCUGGAAAAGUUGAAAGACUAAAAAAAACAAGUAGCAAAAAGCCCUAUUUAUGAUAUAGGGGUGGGCAUGGGUUUGAAUGUGAAUACAUACACACUUUAGGGAGAGAGGGAGCUACAUCUAAAGGGAUGUUUCAGCCUGCUAUCAAUCAAUUCUAGUAAGAAUGGGAUGGGCUAUUUCAGUAGGAAUUUUCUGAAAAUAGUGUUUUGCAAAUUUUAUUGUUUACUUGGAAAGCUUCUGGAAUGCACCUAUAUUUUCUUCAUUUCUGCUGCAGAUGUUCAGGUACAUUUUGAUCAUCUGCGUAUUGUUUGUAUCAUUUCUAAAGUGCAAAAAUAUCUGAGCAGCUAGUGAAGGACAAAUGACAAUCACUUGGGUGAGAUGGGCAGAAAUUAGAUCACCAUGUUUUUUUGGGGGGGGGCAGCAGCUACACUGUAAAAAUUUGAGAUAAGAAAUGCCAACUUUGCAACAUAGUCAAACAUGGCAUUAGAUCUCUGUUGUUGUGACAUUAUGCUAAUGGCCAAGGCAAAUUCUGGUGGUUUUAACAUAUUAUGAAGCAUAAGUUUCAGCAGUCCAAAGAAAUCCUGGUGACUUUCGUCUAGUUUUUAGUAGAAUCAGAGUAAAACUAUUUUGGAGAAUGGCUUGUGGAAUGUACAUGCAAACUAAAACGUAUCUCCACAUUCUAAUAAGGUCUAAACUGUGCAGCUUGUAUGAAUAGAUGUAAAGUCAAUUUGCUUAUUAUUGCUAUAUAAUACCGCCUUACUUUUUCCAUCUUCCCAUCUGCACAGCUGAGAGUUUUGAGCAAGAAUAGGAGGGAAACAUUCAAGAAUCUGAAGGAAAGGACUGUAUAUUGCUUUCAAGUAACAGCAUCAAUCCCACAUGUAAUCCUAACAUGCCAAAAAAGUGAAAUCAAGUGCAAAGAAACUACAAUUGGUGUGUAUUUUCUUCAUAAGCAAUACAGUUAUUUCUGUGUCAUGAAACUGAUGUGGACUUGAAGAUGUGAGGUCACUUUGGCUACUUAUUUCCUAAUGCUAAAAUUGUUUCAAUUAAUAUAUUACGGAGGAGUUUUGGGCACCUAAAUGACUUCAUUGAGCAGCUACAUUGGCAAUACAGAAUUGGAAAUUUUGUAUGCCAAAUAUUUUGCAAAGAGAUCAGGGUUGAGAAAUGUGUUAAGGGUCAUUUCUGCUGUCUCGUUUACAAAAAAAGUUCUGUGUAAGAUUUUUAAAAAUGUGUGAAACAGAUUUCCAUGUUUGAAGACAGCACAUAUCCAUGUUGCUGUAUGUACACAGUGCUUUUUUUGUCUCAAGGGUCAUAUCCACUCUUGGCCAAUUCUGUGGGGGGUGCAUGCUACUGGAGGAUGUAGCUUCCCCACACAUACACAGGCGCAGACUGCCUGAUCCGUGCAGAAGGGGGUUAUUGCUUCCCCUCCCCUCCCCUCCCCUCAUCAAAUGAUCAAGCUGAUGACCAUGGAGGGGACGAGUUGCAUCUUCAUCAGAGCACUGAGCUGUCUCUAUUUUAACUACUCCCACAACCACCACCCAAAUUGGUGGGAUCUUUGCAGUGUGUGAGAAAUAAUUUGCUUAAGGGGUUUGAGAGUUAGCUAUCCCUGCUCCAGAACCUACAGCCAUCUUCAUCUUCCUAACACAUGUAUACUCAGCAAAACAGAUGUUAGCAAUUAUUGGACAUGAUUAUCUUCAUGCUGUUUUCACACAUUCUCUACUUCCUUAUAUAGGAAAUGUGUAAAAAAAAAAAUCUAAGUAUUUCUAAUUGCUACAUCUGCUUUUUUGCUCCCUUUCCAAAUGUGAUGGCUAGAAAGUAUGCUACUGUUAAUAGUAUCUCACAUAUUAUUUUUUUCUGCUCCUACCAGAUUAUAUAUUACUUAAAGCUUCACAAAGAGACUGUUGUAAUGUAGGUUCCUAUGGACCAUGACUAUGAGGCAAAAAAAGGUUGCUGCUCCCCUUACCUGUGCAGCAGGUCUGCAAUGUGAUGCUUGAGAGUAGUGUUCCCCAAAUGUAUAAACAUGCUACUAAAUGUAGCUGUUGGGACACGGGUGGCGCUGUGGAUUAAACCACAGAGCCUAGGACUUGCCGAUCAGAAGGUUGGCGGUUCAAAUCCCCGCGACAGGGUGAGCUCCCGUUGCUCGGUCCCUGCUCCUGCCAACCUAGCAGUUUGAAAGCACAUCAAAGUGCAAAUAGAUAAAUAGGUACCACUCCAGCGGGAAGGUAAACAGCGUUUCCGUGCGGUGCUCUGGUUCGCCAGAAGCAGCUUAGUCAUGCUGGCCACAUGACCUGGAAGCUGUACGCCGGCUCCCUUGGCCAAUAAAGCGAGAUGAGCGCCGCAACCCCAGAGUUGGUCACGACUGGACCUAAUGGUCAGGGGUCCCUUUACCUUUACCUAAAUGUAGCUGUUAAUUAGUAAAUAACUCAUUGAUGUGCUUCCAUUUAACAAAUGUCUAGGCUUCAAGGGCAGACUUGCUGUCCUAAGUGGCUUGUACGUUAUACUCUGUGCAUUGGUGGUCCCUCUUUCCUUACUGGAUUUUAGGUUUUCAGCCUUUGUACACUGCUAUGCUGAAAUACUCUUUGGUUAUGCACAGGAUGAAGCGGGAAGCAGUGAUUGCUUCAACAUGUUCCAUUGAAUUUGCUGAUAGUCUUCUAUUUAUUUCAUUUCUAAAAAUAUUUAUAUCCCGCUACCUCAUAGAAAAAUAUUAAAGUGGUUUACCAUAAUACAGAAAACCAUGCAAUAAAAACCAUAAAAGUAGUAAUAAUUAAAACCAGAGAUGUAUUAACUAAUGUGGAAUAUUGUACAGUAUUCUUAAAAUUCUUUGGUGAAAUAGAAAAGUUUUUGGAAGGCAUUAAAAAGUGUUAGUAGGUGCCUUCUGAAUCUCUGUUGGCAGAAUAUUCCACAGGGCUGAGUUGAUGACACUAAAGGUUCAGUUUCUUCUUGACAGGUGGGCCUUAGCAAUUUGAGGAAUGAUCAAUGACCCACCUGCCGUUGAUCUCCAUAAUCAAGCUGGGAUAUAAGGGUUCCGUCCCUGAAGUACCUUGUACCUAAUAUAAGGACCUUAAACUUGGCUUGGUAGUAGAUGGGCAGCGAGUGCAGCUGUUUUAACAGCGGUGAAACAUGUUCUUGGCCCCCAUCAGCAGUCUGGCUGUCGCAUUCUGCACCAGCUGGAGCUUUCAAACCAGACCCACAUACAGCAUGUUACAGUAUCCAACCUUGAGGUUACCAACACAUGGACUAUAUAAUGGGCAGGAUCCAACUAAACAGUUACACUAGCCUAAGGACUUGAAGCUUUGCAGUUGAACUUCCCUGUCCUCUCCUCUUCCAGUGCUACCUCGAAGUAUUCUCUGAAGAGUUAGGGGAAAGUCCAUGACAGAUGUAGAGGUGGUACAGGGAGUGGCAAGGGCGGAGAAGUUCUGCUGCACACUUCAAAUUCCUUGUGCUGGUGGAAAUGUUUAGUUGGACACUGUGCAAUGUGUUCAGGAUAGUGGUGUAAAUCUUAGUUCUAACCCUAACUGAAGGAAGCAGGUUUUUUUUUGUACAAUUGUCAUGAUCUAACAUUCAUUGCUCCAUUUCUCCAAAUAUAAACUACUAGGGACUGCUUAGUUCAGCUGAGAAUGUGAAAUUCAGCCUUGCAUAUCAAAAAAGUCCCUUGGCUCCCAGCCUUGUAGUUCCCUACCUCCAAAGCUCACUCAUCUUUCUGUUCUCCUGUUGUUAGUUACUGCACCUCGUUUUCUCCCCCACCCCAGAGUUUCUUUUUCCAUUGGGGUUUUCUCUGCUUAUUCUGUUGUGUACUACCCCCCCACCGUACCACUUGCCUUUAACAAACUUGUCUAUGGACUUUUCUGCCCACCAGCCCACCUUUUUCUGUCAACAGCACAGACAGGAAGCACUGCAUGCAGUUUGUGGAGAUAAACUCACAUUUCAUUUCCCUCACAGAAGCUGCCUUGGUGGUCAGUGCUGUUGUCCCAAUAUUGUGAACAUUCUUAUUGAGAAAUUGUUUCAUCUAUAAUUCUUGAGAUAAAAUUAGUAAUAAUUGUUUUUUCCUCCAGAGUUAACGAGAAUUCUGCAUGUCGUACUGAUAUUUGGAUUUGCAAUACUUAUACUCAUUGGAAUAUUUGUGUGCAUAAUGUUAAUUCAGAAAUAUAGAAGUGUAAUCAAAGCACUUUGGAAGCCGCCUCUAACAAUUCCAUCCCACUUCAAAGAGGUAUGUGUACUGGGAUUUCCACUGAUUUUAAAACCAGUGUGGUUAAUCUGUAGUGGCAUAGGUUUAGAGCCAGACUGGCUAACCUGUGGCCCUCCAAAUGUUGGACUCCAACUCCCAUCAGCCUCAGCAAGCAUAGCUAGUGAUCAGGGAUUAUGGGAGUUGUUGUCUUCCAACAUCUGGAAAGCCUUGGUUAGUCAAAGAGUCAACUAAGUGUUUGAGCAGUUCCAGUAUUUCUUCACACAACCUACGUCAUUCAACUUCUCUUUCUCAGUUCCUUCCUGACUAGAUGGAAACUUCAGUUAACAUUUCACUGGGUAGUUUUUCAAUGACCUCAGAAGUUAGCCAGCUAUAAAAUGCAAUUAUGAAUAUAAUUCUUGGGUUUGGCCCAGCAGAACAUCUCAGAUUUCUUGUUUAUUUAGCACUUCAAGUCUUUCCUUGUGUAGGUUGCUGUUGCUGUAGAGAUUAAUAGGGUGAAAUAAAGUGGAUAGCCUACAGUAAUAGAGUUUAGAAAGUUGGUGGUUGGGCUCCCCAAUAAAAUAGUGUAGUAUGAAGUACUUCUGUUCAGGAUUCCAGCCCCCAAUUCCUUUGCAUUCCUCCCACAUAUUUCCUUUCUUUUCCUGUAUGGGGUCAUUUAGCAUUCUGUGCCCUUUGGCAUUUUUGCAAGUUGUUGUACAACCAUGGAAAGUGCUGUAUAGUUGAGGAGUUACCCACUUUUUAGUAUUUUCCCCAUUAUAAAGCAAAAGACUAUAUCCCUUAUAAAAAAGAUAUAAUUUAGUCUGUUGUGGAUAACCUUCUUGAUGAAGUUAAGCUGUCCGUGUUUCAGGGAAACCAUGUGAACAAUUGCUGAGUUACAGUGGUUUAAAACUCUUGUUUCACAAUUCCUGGUGGGUUCCCCCUUCGGGGACAACGAAAUUACUUGACUGCUCCAUAAAAACACUAAUUAAUCAAUACAGUAUAAUACAGCAAGGGAGAUUAGAUGACUUUCAAAGUCCGGGCUUCCCAUUCAGGGCCAAGAUCGCUCUGGAGAAGAAGCUGUUCUUAAGACGGCUCGUUCUUGUCUUCAUCGUCCUGUAUCUCCGUCCCAACGGCAAGAGCUCAAAGAGACAGUGACCAGAAUGCGAUGGAUCUUUUACUAUGUCCAGUGCCUUCCUAUGGCACCUUGUGGCAUAAAUCUGCUCUAAGGUGGAGAGUGGGCAGCCAACAAUGCUCUCUGCUGCCUUAACAACCCUGCACAACCCCAUCCUGUCCUGGGUAGUACAGCUUCCGUACCACACACAUAAGCCAUAAGUGAGCACGCUCUCAAUGGCACAGUGAUAGAAGGCAAGCAGCACAAAUAAUGUACUUCAUCAGUAGCUUUUUGAAGGCUAGGAUUUCCAGAACUGAAGUAUUAGUGUUGGCUUGAUGAACAUCAGUUGUGUAAUGUUGAAGUUACAAAGAUGGACUGAUCCAUUUCUUUCAAGAGAGAAGAUAGUCUGGGGUGGAGUAGAAUUGACAUAGAUGAGCUUGUUACUAUUUUUAGAAGACCUCUGAAGGCAGCCCUUACAGGAAGGAUUUUAAUGUUUGAGGUUUUUUGUGUUUUAAUACUUUGUUGGAAGCUGCCCAGAGUGGCUGGGGCAACCCAGUCUGAUAGGUGACACAUAAAAAAUAAUUAUUAUUAUUAGGUCCAUUUUGAUAUAUAUAUGGAAGAACACUGCAUUAUGUGAGCCUCCACUUGUUGCAUAAAGGUAGCAUAAUCCAGGUAGAUUUACCAACUCAGUGAAAAAGAAGCCUAAGGGUGGUUUAAGCUUGCUAGUUUAACACCCAGUGAAAAUGUUUCAGGAAUAGAUCAAACUUAUUUCUUCCUUCCUGGUGCUUAUCAGUGAAGAGAGGUAUUUAUUAAACACAUGCACAAUUACAGCUGCCAGUACUGCAACUAUGUGCUUGAAGAGGGUGCGGAGCUGAGCCAGGAAGGGGUGUGGCCUAGAGAGAGACCAGAGGGCUGUUGUGGAUCCCAUGGCAGGGGUGGGAUUAUGAUUAUUUUGUUUUUAUACUGUUAUCUGAUUUGAUAGCCGCCUUGCGUUCUUGGGGAAAUUAGGUGUGGAAAGUUAGGUAUGAAAAAAUAAAUGGAGGAGAGUGCAGAGAUCAAUUGAUUUUCCUUCUGGAAGCAGCUUGAGAGUAGUGAGAAAGAGGCAGUAUGUUUGUAAUGCAUUUUCUGCUUUCAGCCAGGGCUUGGAGGUGGCAAGUGAGUUGUUCCUCACUUGUAUCUCAAGGCAUAUAGGAUGCUGAUGCUUUGGGGCUAGGUCUAGGUCUGGGAAAGAGGCUAAGAGCAAUGUAUCAAGUGGAGAACAGCAUGGGUUUAGGCCUGCUUCUACCCUUGGGAAGUAUGACUAGAGAAGGGAUUGGAGCUCAUAUAUAAAACCUGGAUAAAUUAUAGGAUAAGAUGUAACCUACAGAUUUUUGAGAACAUUGAAUUUUUUGUGGAGGGUGCUUGGCAGGAGAAAAUCUUAAUUACCCUAAUUACAUUUUGGAUACCUCAUUAGAUCCUUUGUCUUUUUGUAUUAAACACUCCUGGCUGCUUCAGCACAAGCUACUCCUUUUAAAAAACAAGAGAGCUGAAAUUCUGUUGAUCAGCUGCUCGGUAGGAAUGAAUCCACCUCUUCUACUCCCCACACAAGCAGCUUAUUAGCAGAAUGUCAGCAUGUGGUUUUUUAAAACAGGGUCAUUUUCUGUAGUCCCUGCAUUUUGGCUGCUCUUGAGAGUCCUGCACCUUCCCCAACUCUUCAAGCUCCUGAAGGCUAGGGCUUGUCCAUCUUCUGUUCAGUCACCUCUAAAAUGCAUGGGGAUAAUGGAUGAGUUUCAACCCUUUUCCACAGCUUGGAAUUGUGGAUGUGCCCUUCACUUUUCCUGCUGCAGUCUCAAAAUUUAAGCUUAGGAUGUCUGAGUCUUGGCUAUCUCCACUGUGGCACCUCCUUAGUGAGCAAAUUUGCAGACACUUGAUUUGGCUAUUUGGAUACCACUGUUUGCCCAGUUGGAGAUACCUGAAUGGAUAUAGGUUUAUGUGCAUAUUUAUUUAGCAGCUUGCUGAAUUAGGGGAAAUAGUAACAUGGGAACAUACCAUGAUCUGAAGCGCUACAACUUAAUUAUGCUGCUAAAUUUUGCUUUUUAUCACUGCAGCCACCUCUUUAGUAUUGUGAGUGAAUAUUUGCAUUUGUAUUUAUCUGUCUUACAGUAAAUAUUUUUGUUUUGAUGUAGUGAGAUAACUUUCAGAUAUUUGAAGAAAUGCUUUUCAUAGAUAUUGAAAACGCCAGCCUUGAAGUUAUCAAAAUAUUACGUAACAGCAAAAUAAACCAGCUGGAAUUUGGAGCACAGUGGAGAGGCUGCAAAACCCAAGUUGAAUUAGUAGAUAUCAUGCCAUGAAACUUACUAGUUAAUUUGAAGUUUGAACUCCAAAAAAGUCACUCUCUUGGUUUAUUAAUCCAACCAAAUGAAGAUGUUUUUACAUGACAUUAGAUGAAAUUCCCAUUGAUUUCAGUAGAAUUUGCCUGGAAGUAAGAGUUCUGAAAUUUGCCAUUCUGUAUGUGGGCAGUUAUAAUAGCAAACCAUAUUCAUAAGGGAGAACUAAACCAGCAGAAUAGAAUUACUAGAUUCUAACAAUCUAAUGCUGCUUUUCUCCAGGAUUUACAAAAUCUUCACGUGACUGUGGUUGAAGAAUUUCAGAACUGUGCUGGAGAAGACCACUGGGACAAUGUGUCAGAAAUCUCUGAACAAAGAGAAACUGUGACAGACAAUUUCACUGAUCAAAAUGAAGAGUUGACAGUGGAAGAACAUAGAUGA